GAGGAGAGAAAUACUCCCUCCACUCGGGGGUAGUACAAGUUCUCUCCCUUCCUUUCCACCUCGAUUCGUCUCCGCUCUUAUCCCCCGCGGCGCCCCUGCCUUUCCUCUUCGUCUCCGCCGCCGCCGUCGUCGCCUCCCACCCGCGAGCGCGCCACUUUCCCGGCGGAUCGGGACCUCUGCUCGGCGCGGUCCAUCCAUGGCGAUGCUGAGAUGUAAAUUGGAAUUGACGGAGAUGGGUGCAUGAUUUUGGAAGGAGCUUCUGUUCACUGAAUGUGUGCAGAGAUAGACCUUUUAUUCCCACAUGCUGAACCUUGCAGAAUUAGGGGAGGAAUCAGGUCGCCCCUUGCCUAAGUUCGGUGAAUGGGACGUGAACGACCCAGCUUCCGCUGAUGGAUUCACAGUGAUAUUCAACAAAGCCAGAGAUGAGAAGAAGGGUGGCAAUGGACAGGAGACUGAUUCUCCUUCCAAGGACACCAGGACCGAGAGGGUGGAAUCUUACGCUGCCAAGCCGAACUCGAAGAAAUGGUUUUGCUGUGUGACAGCCAGCCCCACACAAUCCUGAGGAAGACGAUCUCACCCGCUCGCGGGAAUACUGCCCCUUUAAUUUUUCCAUACAUACUAUCCAUAAGACAGUGUAGAGGUGCCCAGCGCUCUCCGGGCUCCAGGAUGGGUACCUCGUAAAACUCUGGAGUGCGUGUAUGUAUGUGUGUGUGAGGGUUGUCGGCACAAAUUUGAAAAGUGGACUUCUGAGUUCUGAUUGUAAUUGUAGUCACCGUCUGUCUUAUAUUUGUUGGUCUCGCUGCCUGAGGCUGACUGCCUGA